UGCCCCAGCACUUGGGGGCGGGGGUUGGACCUAGAGGUGUCCAGGAAAUCCCAGAGCAGUGAGCUCACCUGGGACAGGUGUCUGGGUGCAGUGCGGAGGGCGGACGGCAGCACUGGGCAAGAUGCGGGGCAAGGAUGAUGAGUACGACUACCUCUUCAAAAUUGUGCUGAUAGGGGACUCGGGCGUGGGGAAGAGCAACCUUCUCUCACGCUUCACCCGCAACGAGUUCAACCUGGAGAGCAAGAGCACCAUUGGCGUGGAGUUCGCCACCCGCAGCAUCACGGUGGACAGCAAGACCGUUAAGGCACAAAUCUGGGACACGGCUGGGCAGGAGCGGUACCGGGCCAUCACUUCAGCGUAUUACCGGGGGGCGGUGGGCGCGCUGCUGGUCUACGACAUUGCCAAGUACCUGACAUAUGAGGACGCGGAGCGGUGGCUGCGGGAGCUGCAGGACCAUGCCGACGCCAACAUCGUCAUCAUGCUGGUGGGCAACAAGAGCGACCUGCGGCAUCUCCGUGCCGUGCCCACUGAUGAGGCCAAGAGCUUUGCAGAGAAGAACGGCCUGUCCUUCAUCGAGACGUCGGCCCUGGACUCCACCAAUGUGGAGACGGCCUUCCACAACGUCCUCACAGUGCCAAGUGGUGACGUCGCCCCAGCCACCAACGGCUUGGUCCAUUGGCAGUGCCAGGCCAGGGACAGCGAGGAGGGCAAUGUGAUCGUGAUCCAUCCUGGCCAGUGACUCAUCCGGGCUGGGGAGAAGCUGCUGGAACAGGUGGGUGCAACACGGGCAUCUUGCUGGGCAGGGGCUGGGUGCUAGGCAGGGGUGAGCUUAUUACCCUUGAAAAUGCAAAGCUGAUGGAAGGUUGUAGCCUCCCACCCCUUCUAUCCCAGCCUCCCCCUCUUCCUUUAGGGGUCUCAGCCCCUAGGAUCCUAAUGCGCUGAGGCCUCGUCUGCCUGGCAGUGCUCGGGACUGUGUUAAUCUGAAUUAGCUCAUGAAACAGCAUUAAACCUCUGUGCGGGUGUUCUUAUUUGGGGCAAAGGCUGCUGUUGCAUGGAAGUGACAUAUCUGCUGCUAUCCCGGGGUAGUCUGCUCAGUGCAAAACCCACUGUUCCUUGCUAUAACUUGCUCCUAUGGCCCAGGAGUGCUGCCUGCUCCAGAUCCUGGAGUAAUUCACAUCCGUGUACAACACUGAGGGGCAAGUGUGUUGUUUGUCUGUGCCCCAACACGGCAAGUAGAGUCACAAGCCUUUAACAGAAUCAAAGAAAAUGAGGGUGGGAAGGGACCUCAGGAGGUCACAUCUAGUCCCACCCCCUGCUCAAAGCAGGACCAGCCCCAACUACAUCAUCCCAGACAGGGCUUUGUCUACCUGGGCCUUAAAAACCUCCAAGGAUGGAGACUCCACCACCUCUCUGGGGAACCUGUUCCAGGGCUUCACCAUCUUCCUAGUGAGUUUUUCCUACUAACCUUGACUUCCCUUGCUGCAACUGGAGCCCAUUGCUCCUUGUCCUGCCAUCUGCCCCCACUGAGAACACUCCAGCUCCAUCCUCUUUGCAACCAGCCUGCAAGGAGUUAAAGGCUGCUAUUAAAUUCCCCCUCAUCUUCUCUUCUGCAGACUAAAUAAGCCCAGUGCCCUCAGCCUCUCCUCACAAGUCAAGUCUCCCAGCCCCCAACCAUUUUUGUUGUCAUGUGCUGGACUCUCUCCAGUGUGUCCACAUCCUUUCUGUAAUGGGGGGCCCAAAACUGGACACAAGACUCCAUUUGUGGCCUCCCCAGUGCAGAAUAGAGGGAAAUAAUCACUGUUCUCCAUCUGCUGGCAAUGCUCCUACCAAUGCAGCCCAGGAUGCCGUUAGCUUUCUUGGCAACAAGGACACGCUGCUGGCUCCUCCUUAUAGUUCUCCAACCCCAAAGUGGAGAUAGGUGUCCCUGGGAGAGAAUGAAGACAAGACGCCAGGUUUCUUAAGUAAUAAUACUUUAAUAAAAUUAAGUUCUUAAUGUAAUUUAGCACAUUUAAUACAUUAACCCCUUCCCUUCUUUGUUUUCUACAAGUUGUGCAACAUCAUUAUUUUAAUUAUUUUUUUUUUGUUUAACUUUAUUUUAACUUUUUUUUCCUUCUCCCCUUUUACUAUAUGCCUCAAAACUCAGACGAGCCUAACUCUACUUCUAUGUUCAGUUCUCUCUCAGGCUUUAUUAUUUUAUUUUAUUUUAUUUUUAUUCCUUUCUUUUGCCGGAGAGAUUAAAUACCUGGAUGGAACACGUGAUCUGCUUCCAAUAGCAUCAAUCCCAACUCUAGGUUUCCUAUGAUGGGAAAAAAAAAUAAAGACCCCCCCCCCCCAUUAUAAAAAAUCCCCAAAACCAUAUAACAAGGAAUGGACUUUCAAUAGAGUGCCCCCACAGUCAGUGAAUCAAGGCAAAUGCUAAGGUAUUUUUGUGGGUGGUUGGCUGGUUUAUUUAUAGAGCUUUGUGGGUUUUUUUUGUAGACCGGGUGACUCGGGAAGUCUUGUAGCACCCAGGUACGUGGGAAAACAAAACCCCAAUGUAUGCAGCACUUUGAAUGCUGAUGAGAGAAUGCAAAGGUCAUUAAGGAAAACCCAUGAAAGGCUCAAGGGGUCCUGGGGACAUGGGGGGGCUGGGCCAUGCACCGAGCCAAAGGUUCGGUUUGCUCUGGCUGAGAAUCGCCCUGGGGAUGGGAUGAAUCUGGUCCCUAUCUGCUUGGCAGACCCGCAGCGAACUGAAGUUGCUGAUCUCUGCGAGUGACUCCAAAUUCAUUGAGAAAGAAGCUACUGGUUUCCAGGUGCACGGAUGGACAAGGACUCCGACGCAUUGCCAACAGAGAGGUUCCUGAUUCUCACUGAUGUGAUGCCAGAUUUUUGGCAACGGGCCGGGUGAGGGUUAAACAGCCCUGUCACCGUUGAAGGGGGUUAGGAGCCUGGCCUGGCAACCCUUGAGCCUUUUGUGGGUGUGCUUCACAUCACUCUGAAUCCAGCAGCAAAUCCCCUAUGAGGAGCAGGACUUGAAGCUGGAUCCUGUUUCUGUUGAAAAGCAGGUCAGUUGUACAAAUAAUAAUAGUAUUCACAAAACAAAACAAAAAGUGCUGGUCAUUUUAUAGGAGCCGUUGGCAGUAACCGGGACCCCUCUCCAGCUCAGCUUGUGAAAGCCGUGGAGAGACCCAGCUGAGCAAAGCUCCAGGAAGCUAAAAGGAGCCGACCGGUGUCACUGCCACGUUUCCCUGCAAGUUUAUUCCAAGAGUCCAGACGAGACAGAGAAACCACCCGUGCUCUCAGUUCCCUAGUGUGGUGCCAGUGGGGCAACUCUGAAUUGGACCCCGGGGGAACUCCGCAGUGAGCGGAACUGGAGUGACUCUGGAUUGACCUUGCUGCUGAGAUCAGCCGGGAGAUUCUGGCUCGAUCCAGGUGUGAAUCCCCCCCCGGACCCAUUUCAGGUGCCACCAGCCUCACCCAGCGGAGGUCAAUACCAAUCCCUCCCUGCCCCGACUUUAGUGGAGCGGCAUCAAUAGAAGUGGUCCCAAGUGCCAACCAGGCCAAACUGAGAGCAGAAUCAGCCCCCGGCACGCUACCGUGGAAAUACAGCCCCUGCCUCGGCUCCUCGAACCGCUCUUGGAAGAAUGAACCCACGGGGGAGCCGGCCCUCUUGGCACGGCACCCCACGGGCAUGUGGCUGUGGCCUCAGCAGUGCCAGGAGAGGGGGUCUCCCCUGACCAGGAUACAAAUGAAGAUAAAGUGCAUCUGAUCUCCAGUCCCGGGCAUCACUGUCUCGCGUCAAUCACUGACUGUUCAAGUAUUCGCAACAAAACUGAGGUAAAAUAAAACUGAAAGAGCCAACGGCCUUGCACGGCCCCCCUCCUUCCAGGAGGGACUGGCAAAAGAAAUGAUCACCCUUUGCUCUCCAAAAGCUGCCAGGAAAUCCAAGUCCACCUUAGCAGGCAGGGCCUGAUGCUGCUGCCCCACACCUGGGUGCUGGGGGCUGCCUCUGGCAUUGCAUGCCACGGUAUGGACAAGCAGGAUGGAGGCCUCUGCUGAUUCAGUGCUGCUGGCAGAAGCCCACCCCAGAAGCAGCUGCAUUUUGGGGGUGAAGGGGUGGCGGCUGAAAACCACUCGGGACCUUUGCGGGUACUACCGCAAGGCAGGUCCAAAAUGGAUUACAAGCUCGCUCCAAAAGCCCUGUGCGGGUUGGAAAGGACGUGGUGCUGGUUUGGUGGUUCAAGAAGGGAGUGGCGGCCAGCGCUGCCCUGAAAUAUCGGGACAUGGCUGGCUUGAAGCGUGGCAGGCACCUUCAUGCCAGCCCCCCCAUGCCUAUCAGGGCUCUGUUCCUAUAGAUUAGGGGAUCCCAGAGCACCCAGCCCUGAUGCGGGGGAGGGGAGGGGGGAGGUGUUGAGGCUGCUCUAGCAGCCUGCCACAGAUGUCAGUUGUGGCUCUGCCACCCCAGUGGUGCCACGUCCCCCCAGCCUGGCUGGACCCUGCCCCAUUCUUCCUGCCUGACAAGCAUAGGAUGAGCCCACAGCCACGGGACCCAGCCACGCAGGACGUGUCACCCCCUCUUUGCAAGGGCAGCUGCUCUUUGGAAGCAAAUUGGAUCAGAUGGGGGGACGGGUGCAUGGGGAGACAAGCUCAACUUCUAGAUAAGCACCCCCCUGUAGUCCUGCAUUAGAGUCUUCAAGAGAAACCGUGACCCCCGUGGGGCUGCAGAAUCGGGGCCUGAUCCGGGGCUGAGCAUCGUGCACAACGAUGCCCUUGCUCUGCCAUCCCGGGGGGGCACUGGCAGGAGGGGCUCAGAGGGCCCAAUUCUGACUGGGCCGUCCACUCCAGCACCCCCAAAAUGCCCUGCCAGGGCACAGAGACCCUCCACGGAGGUCAAAAAGCACCACCGCGCCUUUCCCUGCCAGCCUCUUCCUUGCAGAUCUGUCUCAUUUGCUGGCCUCCCGACCUACAUCCCCAGCACCCGCCGGGCACGGGGCCCUUCCAAAACCGUUAGUGCUUUGAGAAGUUCAAAAAGAAACAACAACAACAAAAAUAUACAGAAUAAUCCUAAGAGCACGAGAAACACAACACCCCUGCGCUAGUCACCUUGAACCCUUUGUUCUCUGAAAUCUCCACUUCUGCCAUCCCAGCCCAAGCUUGGAGUUCAGAAUAAGGCAAAAAAAUCAGGGUCUAACGUUCUUUCGUGGUGUGUCUGGUGGAAAAGCCGAUUCUUUUCUUACUAAAAAAGCAACAUAAAAAACCCAAAACGUAUCUCUUUAAAAAAAUACAUAUUAUUAGAUCCCAUUCUUUUAUUUUAUUUUAUUUUCUCCCCCGCUAUAAAAAUAACUUCAGGACUUUGAUUGACAAGAAGGAACCUGAUGAUGGUUAGGAGUUUUGUUAGGCUUUUUUUUUUUGUUUGUUUCAGAAAAUAGUACCGCAAAAGAAAAAAAAAAAAAGAAAACUGGAUGGGAUUUGUGUGGGGAAGUGAAAACAACAACUGACCGUGUUUUACAAGGUUUGCGUUUACAUUCUGCUCUGUCUGGGAUCACUUAGAUCUACUAUAGAUUAAACAAUAUGGAUAGCAUCUACUAUUUGAGCUAGCUUCUUUUUAUUUUUUCUUUUACUCUUUUUCUCUAGGAUUAUAUGAAAUACAUUUGAAAAGUUUAUUAUUAUUAUUAUUAUUAUUAUUAAUAUUAUUUUAAACUUUUUUUAAUACCCAUUAACUCAACUUCUUUAUUUUUUUUCCUUUUUUUUUGGUUAAAAAACAAACAAACAAACAAGAUUUCUAGGGGGGGUUUCCCCUCCCCCCCAAUGCUUCUGGGGAAGGCAAUGGAAUAAAAGCCGCCUCUGCCUUUAGGAUGCUGUGAUAAGCCCCGGGGCUGGGUUUUCAGCACGGAUGUGAACAAGCCCACUUAAGAGGGACAAGGGUGCCUGACAGUCCAGCAAAGCUGCUGAGCACGUGAUUAAAGCUAAGCACAUGCUGAAGUGCCUUCCUUAGCAGGCGUGGGCUUUGCAAUUGAAAAGAGCUAUGGGGACGGACAUGCUCCUAGCUCGGGGAUCUCCUAUUUUUGCGAGAGGCAAGGAUUUCUUAGGGCGACCUCUUUUAUCAAACCAACUGCUCAUUGGCAUAGAGUUAGACAAGCUUUUGAAUGCAAGGCAUUCUUCACCACGCCGAGCGCGAGGUGCUGUAUGCUGGCAUCUGUAAAAGCAGAGGCUGGGCUGUAUUCGGUACACCUUCUCCCCACCCUUCUAGCUUCGUUGCAUCGUGUUAUACCCAAGAAGGCUGCUUUUGGGGCCCCCCCCCAUCCUGCAAAAAGACUCCAGGCUGGGAGGGUUGUGGCGAGAGGGUUUGAGAGAUAGGAUCUGGUUCUGACCCAGAGCCCACGGGGCUUUGGAGUAGGCUGGUUGUGGUCCUCAGCAGAGCAAAAGCAGAGAGGUUAGAGAUUGGGAAAGGACCUGAAAUUCUCCUUUUUUAGAAGAGAAGUGGGAUCCUAUAGGGUUUCCUAUGUGAUAAUGGCUCAACCCCCCUCUGGCUUUGCUGGGACAGGGCUGGGCUGGGACAGGUGCAAAGAGGAGCGAGAGGAGGGGAGAACAGCGGGGCAGGGAACAGCCUCGCAUCUGCCUUGGGACAAUCCCCAGCCUCCUCCCAGGCCCGCAGAAGACUCUGAGGCCCGAACAAAACUCCAGCAGCCUCAACACAGCCUCAGCCACCCAAUGCCAAGAAGCCUUGAACAAAGCCCUACAAAACCCCACCGGACUUAAGAACAUGCCUAAAUGAAUUUGGGUCUUAACUAAGGGCAGGUGUGAAUCCUAUAGAGGAACAUGCUUAAGAUUAAGCACGUGCUUAAGUGCCUUCCAGUUUUCCUGGACUAGGGGAGAGGCAAAUUUGCUCCGGACUUAGCAGAGAUGCAGGGAUCAAAGACUCGGGCACAGUUUUAACCACAUCUAUGGCCUUACGGACCCACAGACUGGUUGCAGCACAGGGUCUUUAACUGACAGCAGGGGGGAUUUGUGAUUCUUAGUGGGUUUUUCUUUUCUUUUUUUUCCCCUUGUCUUCUGGCUUUUAAAUCUUUUGUCUUUCAAUCCAUACACUUUUGUGUGGUCAUGCUGGAUCUCUGGGAAGGG